GACUAUAAUUGAUAAAUUUGAGAAAACGGGGAGCAAAUUCUUUGAAAAAAAUCAUCAAAAACCGCCACAAAUUUCAAAUCCCCUCCAUAAUUUUCUGUCAAUUACAGGAUCCUUAUCCAAAUCUAACAUAUUAAUGAUGGAUACUCUGUAUGCAAAACUCUACAAUAAAUACGAUGCUCUAAAGAAAAAGCGGAUUCGGGAACUCGACGAGACUAACAAAGAUCAAGAACUCAAGUUUUUGACUUAUCUGACUGCUGCAGAAGAGCUGAUACAACACUUGAGGAAUGAAAAAGAGAGUUUGAGUGCACAAAUUAGCGAGUUGAGAAGCCAAGUUGCUUCAAUCAGGUCUAGUAAGGAUGAAGAAUGUGCAAAAUACCAAAAGCAGUUGUUGGAAGAGAACCAGAAGAAUAAGAUGCUGCGUGAAGAAGUUGACAGGGUUCAAAAACUUCAAGAGCAAUCGUGCUUCAGUGGAAACAAUAAGAAACUGCCGCCUCAAAUUACUCAAGUUAUAUCAUGUGAUAUGAGCAGUGGCUCAACAAUAAGGAUGACAAGGAAGCGCAGCCGAGAAGCUAGGGCCCAGAUAGAGGAGUGUAAUACUCCUAAGCAAAGUGACCAAGAGGAUUUGCUUGUAAGAGAAUCGACGAAAGACUCAUCCAAAGCUAGAAAGAUUAGCCGAGAAACAAGGACUGAAAAGGAGAGCUUUCCUACUUUUGAACAAUGCAAUGAGCAGCAGCCUCUUUGCUGCAGUAGAGAUGAUUCAGGUGCUGGCGUUGCAAUUGCCAAAGAUUCAACUGACUGCCAGUUUCGAGCACUUAUUGAAUGCUUAUUAGGCAUGAAAUUGUCUGCUCUUAAUCAAACUGAAGGGAUGAGUGUUUCAGCUGAGCAUCAAUCAAGUGGUUAUUCAUUCAGUUUGACUUGGGUAAAAAAGUCUGCUGAAGGAGACGCGGAGUUGCUAUAUCGUCUGUCGACAUUAGGGACAUUUGAAAGAGUAGCACCAGAGUGGAUGAGAUCAACCUUAAUGUUCAGCACCAGCAUGUGCCCCAUCUUCUUUGAAAGGGUUUCCCGUGUUAUCAAGACGCAUUGCUGAUGCUACUUUUGUAUUCUAAUGUUGGACACAUGACAUCUACUGGCAUUCUUCGAAAACCGAUGACUGGUUAUUUCUGGCUUGUAAAAUUUUCAGCCACACCCCUGUGAAUACUCUGCUGGUAUGAACCGCCCCGUCUUGAAAUAUUGAAUUUCACGACUUGACUGCAUGUAAAGAGUGAUUUUGUAUACUACUUAAGGUUUCCCCAUAACUUUAACAAACCAAUGUGUAACUAAUGAUUGUGGCUUGUGCAUCUUGACAGACAGUAAGGGUCCGAUCAUAUUAUGUUGUGAGUAUUUUUUUUCUUUAGAGGAUUGCAUAGUCAGAAGUAGUGCAAAUUUAUGUAAGCUAAUGAGAAAGAUAUGCAAAAUAUUUCAGAGUCUAAA